AUGUUGAUACUAUCUUCAUCAUCAUCCGAGUCUGAAUCUGUGUCCCAGUCCAUAUCAGACUCGGAGUCAGACCAGUCGUCUAGGAGUGCAUUCUGGUAUUGCAAAUUGGCUAAUGAUAAAGUAGCUUUAUCAAUAGAAUUGAGGAGGUCUUCACGUAGGGCUACACGAGGCAUGAUCACAGUGGGGAGGGGUAUUAUCUUAUCAGUUGUCCGAUCUCCAACUGAUUCAGCGGAGUUUGAAUCGGAGUUUGAAUUUCUGCCGCCAUCAGCGUUGCUGAUGUCGUCGACCUCGUUGAUGGCGACUGCACUCAACCACGCCCCCACACCAAUUCUGAUGGCAGCUGCACUCAACCACGCCCCCACACCAACCCUGAUGGCGGCCGCACUCAACCACGCCCCCACACCAACCCAUAACAUCCUGAUGGCGGCUGCACUCAACCACACCCCCACGCUAAUCCACAACUUCCCUGUCGUUGUCAUUACCUGUGAAGAGACCGAGACAAGCUCAUCGGCGCUUGGCAAGAAGCUUAACCUGAAGGAACUGAGGUUGGCAUCAGAGGAUCUGCUUGCUGAUUUCUUCAUGCUCGAUAAGAACUCUACGUCGCUACUUUCAUUGACCAGCGAGAUGUUCCCAAAAGUUGUCACUAUGAUCGAUGCAUCGAUCACAUCCUCCUCUUCCAUAUUUGCCUUACACUGGACGGGCUUGAUUGGCCAUCACACAGCGCAUCCUCCGCUCAGCCGCAGCCCCACACUAUAUCUACAUGUUUUUGUCGUAGUCUACAUGCCUCAAAAAAUGACAAGUGUUGUUUCCAAGUCUGCUCUGAUGCCGCUAUGUGCCGUGUGUUUUGGUGGCUUUCUGGCCGAGUUUUCUGAAGACUUUAGCGAGUUUUCUGAAGCUUUAGCGAGUUUCAAAAUCUACUUUGAGUCCCACUACUAA